CCACGGUAAGCUCCUCCUCCGUGGCCGGUGAUUGGCAGGCGGUGGCCGCCGGAUCUGCAGGGCACACACACAGGCCGGAGCCGGUAGAGAGGAGGAGCCGUGCGGCCGGACGAGGAAGGAGACUCCGCUGAUCGGGUCCCCUAUCUCCAGUGUGACUGGUCAGGCCAAGGGAAUCCUUCAGCAAGAGGGAGCAGGGCAGGGGGCAUGAACCGCGAGGGGGCCCCCGGGAAGAGUCCGGAAGAGAUGUACGUUCAGCAGAAAGUGCGGGUCCUGCUCAUGCUGAGGAAGAUGGGCUCUAAUCUCACCCCUAGUGAGGAAGCAUUCCUGCGAUCGUAUGCUGGAGUGGUCACUAGCCAGCUCAGCCAGCUGCCCCAGCACGCCAUUGAUCAGGGUGCUGAGGAUGUGGUCAUGGCUUUCUCCAGAUCAGAGGCAGAAGACCGAAGGCAGUAACGACACGGCAGCCAUAUUUUCUUCCAAGAGCACAGAUGGGCAAACCAGAGACACCACUGAAUCUUUGGGGGCAGGCUGCCAUAUAUCUGGAUUGCUCUUCGCCCUCCCCCCCUUGUUUUUAUGACCUCUUCCAAUUUCCUAAAAUAUUUUUCUUGGUAUUCUCCAUUGUACAAACUCUCAUCUUCAACCUCCCACCAACCAAACGUCAGGGGAGGGCCCAGAGCCCGAGGCAUCAUGGGAAAACGGAACAGCUUGGCCACCGCAGGAGCAAACUCCUCUCACCAGAGGUUCAGUCGAUAUUGCCGAAGCCUUUAUCGCCGUGAUUUAUUAUUUCCGCCAUAACGUUUUAUUUUUUGCGUUGGCGCCUCCCGUUCCUGGAUAGCAAUGUUUACCUACACUUGCUACUAAUAACGUUUUUUUUUUUUUUUCCUUUUCAAUGUGGUGUGAACCCGGAGCGGGCGUGUAACUCGGCCAUGGGAUGGCUGCUUUGUGGCUUCUGUGCUCACCGUCACAUAUUUUCAUAAUGACUUUUAAAUUUUUGUUUUUGUAAUUGCCUUUUUUUUUUUUGUUUUGUUAACAUUGGCGCUUUUGGCUGUUACGACACUGUUUUCCUGACUUGAAAAAAAAAAAAAAGUGAGCGAGCUUUCUGCAGUAUUUAUUACAAGUGUGAGGAAAGCGCGAGCUUCACUCCCUUUUGUUAUCACUCUUUUGGAAGCAUGUGAGUUUUAACUUGUUAGUUUUUAUUUUUUAUUCAUUUUUUUUUUUUUUAAAUGAGCCCGAGGAAAUCGCGGGACUGAGACGGCCGCGAAAUUGCACCGUUUGGGACUCUGACAGAGGAUGAAAGAAAUACAUAGUGCUGUCUUUACUGUGUUGUCGUAUUGGUGUGACCAGAAUUUUAUUGUUUUUCCUUUUUUUUAUUAUUUUUGUUUUUGUUUUUUUUCCCCCCUGCGUUCUCUGUGCCAUAACCGAAGUGGUUCUCAAGCCUGUCCUUGGUGUGGAAAAAAUAUUCUGAACCUUGUGGCGCAGCCUCUUUUGUGACUUGGACCAAAAGCUUACUGUAUCGGUUGAUCAGGGAUGAGGCAUCGAGGUACAAGAGCACUUUGUGCCUCGGUAAGGUUGCGUGUAACCUUGUAAAACUGAGAAGUUCAAAACGAAGCUAGCCAUAGAGAUUGUUCACAAAUCGAUCGAUAAUCGAGUAGUAUGAUAAGGCCUUUUGAAACUGCCAUGGGUUGGAUGUCUUGAUCCAGCCUCCAUGACUCUGCUGCGAAAAUAAAAGGGUUGAGGAGGAAUUU